GCCUUCCCAUCAUCAAUUCACUACAAACCAUUCCUCUCAUUACAUUCUUCAUUAUCUCAUUCUCACAACUCAGUGGUCUCUAUCUUGAGACCUCUGUCUGUUACUGUGCUUUGCAACUUCAAGCUAGCUAAGUGCAAUUUGUAUUGAAGAUGUCAAUUUGUAUGAGCAUGAAGAUAGAACAAGACACUGUGCUCAAUCAGAAGCAAGGGAUAGUCACUAUUUUGAACUGUAACACUGACACUAAUUUCACACCACCUUCUCUCAGAAGAACUCUCUCAGCAGACAUGUCUUCCAAGAAAUGGCUUUCUCAGAAUGGUUCUUCUAACACCAUCAAGAAGAUUUCAUCAUCUAAGAAUCUGUUUGGACAAGAUGAUGAAGCUAAGUUGGGUGAUGAUGAAGAUGAAGCUGAGAGAGAGAGGCUUCAGAUAUGGAGUUCAAUCCAGAAGAACAAGAAGGAAGAGCAACAGAAAGAUGGUUCGUUUGAUACUUGGGGUUCACUCAUGUCUUUGAAGACUAAUGAUGAAAUCUCUAAGUCGCUUCCACCUUACAUUCAUCCUCUCGCUAAGAGGACGAAAAGCUCUUUGUCUAGGAAGAGCCUUGAAAUUUGCACUGAGAGUCUCGGGUCCGAGACUGGCUCUGAUGGUUUGGUGUUCUCUUAUCCACAAUCAUCAGAGAGUCCCGGAUCCGAGACUAGAUCUGAUGGAUUGAUUUCCUCUUAUCCUCCGUCAAUUCUGACGGAAGGUAUUGUGGAUCAACAACAACAGACUCGGAAAGAUCAUGAAGAGGACAAGAAAGAAAUGGAGGACGAAAAAGAAGAGGAAGUGGUGGAAGUGGAAAGGCUCGAUUAUAGUGGUGUUACUACAACUCAUAAAAAGUCACCACCUCGAUCCUUCCCUCCACCACUUCCUUCACUCUCUCGCCAAGACGGUCCUCCUCUUCAGAUGAGGCCGCACCGCGACAACGGAAGGUUGGUUUUAGAAGCUGUAUCUCUUCCUUCAUUGAACAACUUCUGUGUUCAACGCCAAGGUGGCCGACUCGUCCUCACCUUCGCAAAUCAAGACGAGGAAAUUGCUGAAAAUGACGAGGUAGGUGAGUUGGAGGAAGAAUUUGAAGGAUUCGAAGAAGAAAAAGAAGACGGCGAUGAAGUUGAUGAGGAAUAUGAGAGUGUGAUAGGGAAAGGAUCCUUGAUGUCCUUUGAGAAAACUACUAUAAAAAGUAGUGUUCAUUGGAUUGGCUCAAACCAAAACAACAAGGUGAAUAAGACAAUUGGGCUAUUGAAUAAGAAUCCAAAGUGGUCAAAGAAGUUCAAUCAUGAAGUGGAUAACAACAAAGAUGUUCAAGUAGUGGAAGCUAGUCAAAUUGUAAAAUCACUUCCACCAAGGCCAAGAGUUGCAAGAUUGAUUCCUUCACCACCAAAUGCAGCAACUGGUUCAUUCAAUCUAAAUUCUUAUCAACAUUAUUGGAGGACCACAAAACCAACAUCAACCAAACUUGGUAAUUAUCCACUCGACCGAUAUCAAGAGAAAAACAACAACGACGACAACUACAACAACAACGACAGCAAGAGUAACAAGAUUGUUGUGUCUGCAAAAGGCGAGAUGAAGAACAUGAACAUGAACCGUGUUUCGAAUGAGAAGCAACAACUUUUGGUUCUUAAAGGAAAGAAUGGUGAUUAUUUGGUUCAUAAUUUGAAGAAUUGCAAGGAUUCAAGAAGGUCUUUUCUCUUUUGGGAGCCUUAUUGCAUUGCUACCUCAUGAAUCACAAACCUCAACACCUACUACUAUUUCUAAUUAAUUAAUCCACAACAACAACAUCCAUUGCUUAAAUCUCCGUCCCUUUUUAUAAUUACUCAUUUGUAUUCUGCAGACGAGUAUUAUAAUCAGAGACGGAUGUAAUAUUUAUUCCUCUAUAUUUUCUUUUUAUUAUGUCUACUAAGUUCAAAUCCUUCAAGAAGGUGUAAUGUAGUGUAGUCAAAUAAAAGAAAAGGGAAUUAAGAGGAAAGGGGUAGUAAGAAUUAGUACUUUAUUUGUAAUUUGUAAUUGUAAGAUCUGAGAAAUGACUUGAACAUUGUUAUAUCAUAUAAUAUAUAUAAUAUUUACUACGAUUAUAGUUAUAUUAUUUGAUCGAUUAAUUUCA